AAAAUCUCCGUCUCUUCACAUCGACCAAAGAAAGCUUUUCUUGUUUGUCAUCCUAAUUCACAUCGAUAGGAGAUGGCAGAAGCCCUAGUGAAAUCCUUUCUGCAAAGAUUGAGUUCUCUGAUAUUGGAAGAGAGUGAAGCUUCUACAGAUCUGCAAGAUCAAUUCCAAAGGCUCAAGAACAGACUCGAGGAGAUUGGAAGCUUUCCUGGAGAAUCAGGUAGGAGGAAACACGAGGAUAGAUUGUUUUGCGGUUGGACGAGCGAUUUUGUAGAAACAUUACAUGACGCAGACAAUUGUAUCAAUCAGUAUGUCACUAAGACUCGGAAUCGAGAUGGGUCUGAUCAAGCACAGACAAUUGUGCAGAUUUGUAAUGAAUUAGAGAAGAUCGAUGCACGCCUUGCCGAGAGUUCAUGCCGAAGGUCUCAACUCAAAAUGACGCCGACAUCGGAAGCAAAAGAGGAAAUUGGGGAAAGUUCUUCUACUACUACUGAUGAUGUUGAUGUAGAAGGUGAGGAAUCUCUUGCCCCCUUUGAAUUGAAAUAUAGAAACUUACCUUCUUACCUUAGAUCCUGCUUACUCUACUGUUCUCUCUUCCCUGAGAAAAUAAGUAGAGGAAGAUUGGUUCGGCUAUUGGUGGCUGAAGGUAUUUUACAAGAAAGACCUGCAGGGGAAGUCAUGGAGGAUAUUGCUGAAGAAAAUAUCAACGAAUUGGUUGGCCAAGGAAUUCUUCGAAUUGUAAUUGGCUUCGAAGAUGAACUCGAAGUUGUUGACCCAUAUCAUAGAAUCUGUAUACUUAAGCGGCAGCAAGGAGAAGGUAUCACUAGGUAUCUGGUUUCUGAUUCUACUAAUUUUCCUGAGAGUUCCCACCUUAUUUUCAUCCAAUACCAUGGUGAUACUAUCACUACUACAAGCUUCAAUGAUCACCCGAUUGGAUCAUUACAUGUCAUUCCAGACUAUUCACAAGGAUUAAUUCCCAGUGAGUAUUGGUAUGAAGGCAUUCCUGAUGACCACUGGGCCUGUGUAAGAAGUGCCCUGUAUACCUUAACUUUUUUGCAAGUUUUGGACUUAGAGAAUCUUUGUAUUAAGAGCUUACCAGAAGAAAUAGGAGAUCUGAUACACUUGAGGUAUCUGGGCUUAAAACAUUCAGUACUGGAUGAGAUUUCAGAGAGCAUAGGCAAUCUUCAAAAUCUACAAACUUUAGACAUUAGAGGGCAUAGAUUGCCGAGGGGAUUGCCAAGUGGAGUUCUGAAUCUUCUACAGUUGAGGCACCUUAUGUUGCCAAUGAAUAAAAUAAAAGUCCCCUCAGGUAUAGGCAUAUUAACAAACCUCCAGAGUUUAACUGGUUUAUUCUUAAGACCUGGCAUCAUCGAAGAAUUAAGAAGUUUGACUAAACUCAGGAAACUAGAACUGAAGGAUGUAUCCGAAGAACAUGGCAGUGAGCUCUCUGCUUCUAUUAUGAAGAUGAGAGGACUUCUCUCUUUAUCUCUACGUGCAACAUUUCUUGAUAAGGAUGAACUGUUGCCCACAUUGGAGCCAUUUUCGCCACCUCCCUUUAUUAGAAAACUCUGCUUAAGCGGGCGUCUAGUUGAUCUUCCUGAUUGGGUCUGUUCCAUGGAGAGCCUCACGAAAUUAUCAUUAGGUUUUUCCUUUCUACCUGAGGAAGCAGUUUCUGUACUUCAAGAUCUUCCCAACUUGAAACAUCUAAUUCUGUCGAGAGCUUGCGAGGUCAAAGUAAUAACCAAAGAAUUUUGCCGGGUGGGUGGGUUUCCUAAGCUAGAGGUACUUAUUAUUGCUUCUCGGACUCUACUGGAAUGGACUGAGAUUGAAGAAGGGGCAUUACCAUGCUUAGCACUCCUCCGCUUCCACAAUUGCCUACGGUUGAUGAAUCUUCCAGAAGGACUGCAAUAUGUCACCACCCUAAAGGUACUAGAGAUGAUUCCCUUGCACCCAGAUCUUGAACGGAGGUUGAAACAUGAUGGAGGCAAAGAGAAUUACAAGAUCAAACACAUCCCAAAAAAACAGUUUUUCUCUUCAUCUCUACGCAAGUGGAUUGAAAUAUGAUGC